AUGUGGGACGAACCACAAUUCUUCUGGUCAGCAAUUGCGGCUUCAACAGAUAUCAGAUUGUUCGCUCAGGUGGAGGAGAUUGAUAGACUAAGCUCCAUGUUUGUGCAAUGCUCUUUUUAUUUAAUACCAGACGAACAAAAAGAUAGAAGACCUCUUGCUGAACCAAAACAUGAUGAUACCAAGGAGGAAGAGGAUGAGGAGAACAGUUCCCAUCUCAUCAAAUUUCUGAAUGAUAGAGGUGAAUCAUCAGUGGUUUAUGUUUCUUUUGGGAGCGAAAUCUUUUUGUCCAAGGAAGACAGGGAAGAGAUGGCGUACGGGCUGGAGCUGAGUAAUGCUAACUUCGUAUGGGUACUUAGAUUUCCCGUGGGAGAUGCCAUUGCCCUUGAAGAAGCCUUACCAGAGGGGUUUCUCGAGAUGGUGAAAACGAGGGGAGUGGUGGUGGAUGGAUGGGCACCACAGGCUAAAUUCUUGAACAUCCCAGCACUGCCUCACCACGCCAGAUCACUUGCGGUAGAGGUUGGUGUUGGCAUUGAGAUGUUGAGGGAUGAAGAUGGGCGGAUCAAGAGGGAAAAUGUUGCUAAAGUCAUAAAAGAGGUGGUCGUAGAGAAGACAGAGCUGGGAGAAUCAGUGAAACAAAAAGCUAAGGAAUUGAGUCACAAGUUGAGAGAAGAAGGUGAAGAAGAGUUGCAUGAAUCAGUAGAGAAGCUUAGGAGCUUAUGCAAAGGUUGA